AUGACGAAUGCUGAGGAUACAGAGGAUGAGGAUGAUAUUCACCUUAAUGUUGCGGAGGCCGGGCAUCAGAUGAUGUCGUCUUCACUGUUCUCGCCACGACAUCUGUCCUGGGUGAUCUUAGAGAAAUGCCUCCCUGCAGAAGCCUGUCGGGAUGCUUUUGAACGGAUGAGUAAAGCAACUGUUCAAAUGUGUCUUUCUACGACCGGAUUUGGCUCAGAUGCUGCUUUGCUUGGAGCAACUAGGCUGAGAGCUGCUGGAGAGCCUAUUUCACCCAAUAUUGCUAUUGAAACGUUCUCAUCCAUGUCCAUGAGAGCACAGCAGCAGGGAGAACAACAUCGUCAGCUACAACCUACCCAUUCCCGGUCACAAUACGACAUGAAACUUCAGGACUGUUUUCCUAAAGAAUUGAUGAAUGAAUAUUGCCACCAUCCAUCGUCUCAAUACGGCAGUGUCAGCAACCACUUACCACAGCACUCUAUAUUCACGAACCAUUACCAUUCCCUGAAAUUCCGAACCAGCAGCCCUAUUCAACCUCGAAAGUCAACUAUGACGAUGCAGAUUUUCGACAGAGCAACAUCACCCAUAACCGAUAGCAAUGCCGGGAGCAAGAAUAACAACAAUAACCUCGACGACACUACAUUGCUGGUAGUGGGUCAGACGGAAUGCGAAUGA